AUGGCCCGAUGCUGCUCUGGAAGGGCAGUCUGUAUGCUUUGCUCGGUGGGAUAUCAUCUCUUCUGCUGUCACCGCUCCGAGAAGACCAGCCGGCGAUGGAUGGCGUUAGAUUAUGCUGGAAUCUCCAUCGGCAUCCUGGGCUGCUAUGUGUCAGGCGUGUUUUACGCGUUUUAUUGUAAUAACUACUGGCGUCAGGUAUAUUUAAUCACUGUGCUGGCAAUGGUCUUGGCAGUAUUUUUUGCUCAGAUUCAUCCCAGUUACCUCACGCAACAGUGGCACAGACUGCGCUCCAUCAUCUUUUGCUCAGUGUCUGGAUAUGGAAUUAUUCCCACCAUCCACUGGGUUUGGCUCAACGGCGGCAUUGGCGCAUCUAUUGUACAGGAGUUUGCUCCGCGGGUAGUUGUCAUGUACUUCAUCGCUGCUGUAGCUUUUCUCUUCUAUAUUUCCAAAGUUCCAGAAAGAUACUUCCCAGGACAGCUGAACUACCUCGGCUCCAGUCACCAAGUGUGGCAUGUCCUUGCCGUGGUGAUGCUGUACUGGUGGCAUCAGUCCACGGUGUACGUCAUGCAGUAUCGACACAGCAAGCCCUGUCCCGAGUAUAGCGCAGACCUGUGA